CACUGCGCCCUCUCUAUCCGCUCGCCUUCACAACACAUCUCUCCACACACUUCCUGCCCUUUGCUUUCACACCGCCCUCCUCCCUCCAUUUUUGACCAGUACGCCGUCUGCCAUGAUCCAGUCUCCUGCGAACGAACGCGAACUCGUCAAAGCCCGAGCGGCAUUGAUGAAGGGGCUCAAGUCUCUCACGGACUCUGACAUCAUUGGCGAAGUGGUUCCGAGUGACUUUAUCCCCUCGGUCGAGCUCAACGUCAAGUACCUGACGAAAAAAGUCAAUUAUGGAAAGGAGCUUAGCGUCGACGCGACUCGCAUGAUCCCGGAAGUCUCAUGGGUCCCCGAGACCGACAAGACACGCUAUACCCUCAUCAUGACGGACCCGGAUGUCCCGUCGAAAAAGAACCCCGAAGACGGCGAGUUCCGGCACUGGGUUGUCGCCAACAUCAAGGGCAGCGCCUACAAGAAUGGCGAAGACCUGUCAGACUACGUCUCUCCGUCGCCCCCAUCGGGCUCAGGGUUCCACCGCUACGUCUUCCUGCUGUACAAGCAGCCCGGCAAGCUGGACUUUGAGGUCCUGACAGGCAAGCGCAGCGGCUGGGAGGCUCACUCGUGGGCCGAAGGAUACGGCCUCGAGCUUGUGGGCUGCAACUUUUUCAAGGCCCAGGUCAAAGGCUAGACCUUUGUUUCUCGUUGGGCCAGGCUGAGCCGAGCGUGCUUCCAUACGAGCUCAUUCCUGCGCAAAAAAUUAAAACAAAAAACAAAAAUACAUUCGAAUCGAAUAAC